UACAGCAAGCCCAUCCGAUAAGAGUUUUCAAGACCAAGAAUAUGCAUUUUAUUUUUGUCCAACAUGUGUCCACUGCUCACAGGCUCUGCUAGAGAAGGAGCAGCAGGAGAUACAGGAGGUGUUUGCUGCACUGAUGGAGGCACUGAGGAAAACAGAGCAGGUGCUGCUCGCUCCUCUGGAGGAUGGGAGGAAGUGUUUUGGAGAAAGAGAUGGACGAGAAGACGCAACAAAUACAAAAAGACAUUCUCAAGUACAAGGAGGCCAUCGAGUCUUUGAAUCGCACCAAGAAUGAGGAAGACGACAUCCUCUUCAUCCAGUCCUAUCCGUCUGUGCCAGCUGAGUUCUCAGAUGACUGGACACUUUCCAUUGACACUGAGUUAAACUUUGGCACAAUGAGAAACACAAAGGCAGAGUUAAUGGAUGAGAUUGAGACGCAUCUGAAGAAACUCUGCGCUGUUGAAAUUAGAAGGAUUCACAGCUUCUCAGUAAAUGUGACUCUGGAUGCUAAGAAAGCACAUUCAUACUUAAAGGUGUCUCAAGACGGUAAAGAGGUGCGUGACACCAGAGCAGGGCAUGACAUCCCGUGUGGCCCGCAACAGUUCAACCUGGCCGGAGGAGUCCUGGGAAAACCUGACAUCACUUCUGGAAGAGCUUUCUGGGUGGUGGAGGUGGGGAAUAAUGUGGGCUUGGAGCUGGGGGUGAUGAGGGACGGAGGGAAACGGGAGGGCUAUGUGUCCUACAAACCCAGCAAGAGUUAUUGGGCCAUCAUGCUCUGUGCUCCAAAACAUGUACAGAGCUUUAGAAGACCCUCCAGUCCAGCUCCAUCUGGAGACCAAACCGCGGGAAGCUGGGAGUGUUUGUGGACUGUGAGGAGGCUCUGGUCCUCCCUUCUAUGA